CCGGAAUAAAAAACAACAAUCGUCUGCUGCAUGAUUGUUUGUUGUCUGUGGGAUUUUACUGAAUUCAAAUCCCUUCCGAUCCACAGCAUAGUUACGUGAAAGCUAUUUUGUGAACAAGGUGAGCUGUAAAAUUACAAAGAUCUGUGGACGUGAGACCAAUAUCUCAACCCAUCUUUUGCAGCUAUAGCAAGUGUCCCUUACUGAGACGACUUGGCCGUCGACAUGGCGUCAACAGAGGACGAUGAUAAAGAAGCCCUGGUCAUUGAUCACGGAUCGUUCGAAAUACAAGCGGGGUUCGCCGAGGAAGACGCACCGCGCACCGUUUUCCAGACCCUCGUCGGAAGACCACGACAUAAACAUAUCGCUGGUCUGUCCAGUGCUUUGGCUGACAGCUACGUCGGGGACGAGGCCCAGAGGAAGCGAGGAGUUCUGACACUUACUUACCCGAUAGAGCGAGGUAUCGUUACGAAGUGGGAUGACAUGGAAGCUGUAUGGAGUCAUACUUUUUCCGAAUUGAAAUUCAACCCCCAAGAAGAGCGAGCCGUGCUCUCACAAACCCCCAAUAAUCCAAAGCCGAACAAAGAGAAAACGGCAGAGAUAUUUUUUGAGAAGUUCCAAAGCCCUGCAAUCUGUCUCGCAAAUCAGGCGGCUCUCGCCCUCUAUUCCUCUGGCAAGACGUGUGGACUCAUCGUGGAUUCCGGACAUGGCGUCACCCAUGUUGUGCCGAUCCACCAAGGGAACCCACUCCCUCCUACAAUUCUUCAAAUGGACCUCGCCGGCAGGGACUUGGAUGAAGCACUAUUCUAUCAUCUUGUCAGUGAACAUGGAUACAGUGGAAGAUUAUCUGAUCUCCGUGGCGUCAAGGAGAAGCUUUGUUACGUUGCGCUCGAUCCUGACAACGAAAGCCAAGCCAGUACAGCAACGUAUUCAUCCAGUCAGAACACCUAUGAGCUACCGAGUGGAGAGACAAUCACCAUCGAUCAUGCAGAGCGCUUCAGGAUCCCGGAAGCUCUGUUCAAGCCAAGCAUAAUCAAGAAAGACUUCUUGGGUAUCCACGAGAUGGCCUACAACAGCAUCAGUGGCCUUGAAGGCGAUGUCCGCAAGGACCUUCUAAGGUUGGUCUACCUUGUGGGAGGUUCUACCUUGUUUCCUGGAUUCAAGGAGAGAAUGAAGCAGGAACUGACAGUCUUGGCUCCCCCGUCCAUGAAGGUGCAUGUCGUCGCUCCUGCCGAGAGGAAAUACUCCGUUUGGAUUGGAGGUUCCAUUUUUGCUUCUAAGAGACCAGAUCAUGAUGAAUCGCAUUGGGUUUGCAAGCAGGAGUACGAGGAGAUUGGGCCGGAUGUGGUCCAACGGAAAUACCUUUAGACAGUAUCUGCAGAGGCAUUUCUCUAACCUGAUAGCUCCCUUUCUUGCUUUAUUCUAUGAGGCGAAAUGUUUGAAUGUCCGUCAUAAAUAUCAAGACAAGUGAAGAUGACGAUUAUGGUUUUCAAAGAAUAUAUGUGCAACUUGUUUGUCUAAUUCUAUUUUGUUCACUGGAAAUAUGUCGUUACCAACACUUUAUGUGGCAAUAUAAUAGAUAAUGCACAUGUUUUAUUACAUGAAUAAAUUCUUAUAUACUUUGAAUAUUCAAAUACUGAUAAUAAUUCUAAUAUUCUUGUUGACAUUUCUUUGACAAGUAUAUCCUAGGAUGAACAUGAAUAUGAACGUGGUACCAUCUAAGUUUCAGGAGUUAGUCCAUUUUAUUACUGAUAAUCAUUUCGUAAAAACAGUUUAUUUAUCAACAGUUAUUUCCAUGAAUAUAUUCACAUUAUGCAUUUUUUGCUUGGACGGUUCUCUAUCAUUCUGUAAACUGUUCAAGUGUUUUUGAAAUAAAUCUCAGACCAAAUUGUGAAUCCAGUCUUUUCAAUUUAUUGUUAUGCCGAUGGGAAAGGGAAUUAUAUAGAAUGCAUUUGCUAGUUCUUAAACAAAGGCAGAUUAUUGGGAAGGUAUGUAGCUACCAUAUUUCAAGCAAUACUUUGUACUGAUUCUUAAAUCAUGUAGAUUUUAGCCUGCUGCGCAUUUCUAUAAGAUCUGUUUAUACCUGGAUAGACUUUCCGGAUGAAAGCCUGUAUUAAUUUG